CCCUGUAAUAUUGCUGCCCGCUGCAGGGGGCGCAGGUCGUGAUUACCUUCGUUACGACAAGCCGUAAAUUGAUGUGUGUGUCGAGGCCAAGAUGGUGAAAUUCGGGCUCCAGUUCAAAGCGACUUUGGAAAAUAUCAGCAACGUGCGGCCGGAGGGAGAGGAUUUCCGCUGGUACCUGAAGUUGAAAUGUCAGAAUUGUGGAGAGGUGUCUGAUAAAUGGCAGUAUAUCACAUUAAUGAACAGUGCCCCACUCAAAGGUGGGAGAGGAAGUGCCAGUAUGAUACAGAAGUGCAAGCUGUGUUCAAGAGAGAAUUCCAUUGAUAUUCUGAAGGACACAAUGAAGCCUUACAAUGCUGAUGACAGUGAAAAGUUUAAAACUAUAGUACACUUUGAGUGUCGAGGAUUAGAACCAGUGGACUUUCAACCACAAGUAAGCUGGAUUUGCUGCAGAAGGGGCAGAGUCUGGAACAAAAUUUUGUGAGAUUAAUCUGCUGGAAAAGGAUUGGAAUGAUUAUGAUGAGAAAAUUCAGGAAUCUGUGGGAAUCUAUGAAGUCACUCAUCAGUUUGUUAAAAUCUGAACUGGACUCUGACAGACAUUUAACAGCUAAGGAUUCUCUCAUACUCAAAUGAACUGAGGCAGAGAAGUAAAAACACCACAAUUUCAUCUGGCAUAUACUUACCAGUGAAUCAGUUCAUCCUCAUCUAUCAAGUCAAAGUUUAAUUAUCUUUAAUAAAAAUUAACACUGGCCAGCUGAA